UAGUAGCCUCUUUGGGUUUUGCUUCAAACCCAACCUAUUUGAAGGUGCAGUGUGUGCUCAGCAGCGAUCUGGACUGUAUCCUGGGUUCCAGUAAAGGCAGAGGUUCUUGCCGAAAGCAGGGGAGGAAGCUGCAGCCCAGGGAGGUCGUGACUUGCCGGGAAGGUGGCUCGGGCCAGGCUGCACUCAAAACCCGUGCUCUGUCCACACUGCUACGUGGCCAGAGCCAAGGAAGCUCCCACUUCUUCCCUCAGCCAGCCCCGACAGCAGCUACCCCACGGAGCCAGCAGCCCUGUGUCCUGGGAUCCCCAAUCCCUGCAGAAUGGCCCACCAAGAUCUGAGCAUCACAGCCAAACUCAUCAAUGGAGGUGUAGCAGGGCUCGUGGGGGUGACCUGUGUGUUCCCCAUCGACUUGGCCAAGACUCGCCUGCAGAACCAGCAUGGGAAAGCCAUGUACAAAGGAAUGAUCGACUGCCUGUUGAAGACGGCUCGGGCGGAGGGCUUCUUCGGCAUGUACCGAGGGGCUGCCGUGAACCUCACUCUGGUCACUCCGGAGAAGGCCAUCAAGCUGGCGGCCAACGACUUCUUCCGGCAGCUGCUCAUGGAAGAUGGGAUGCAGCGGAACCUGAAGAUGGAGAUGCUUGCCGGGUGUGGGGCUGGGAUGUGCCAGGUGGUGGUGACCUCUCCCAUGGAAAUGCUCAAGAUUCAGCUGCAGGAUGCUGGACGCUUGGCCGUCCAUCAUCAGGGCUCGGCCUCAGCACCCUCCACCUCCAGGUCCUACACAACGGGUUCGGCUUCCACCCACAAACGCCCCUCUGCCACCCUCAUCGCCCGGGAGCUGCUCCGCACCCAGGGCCUGGCUGGGCUCUACAAGGGCCUGGGUGCCACUCUCCUCAGAGACAUCCCCUUCUCCAUCAUCUACUUCCCACUGUUUGCCAACCUUAACAACCUGGGGUUCAACGAGCUCGCCGGUAAGGCGUCCUUUGCACAUUCCUUCGUGUCAGGCUGUGUGGCUGGUUCUGUCGCUGCGGUCGCAGUGACGCCUCUAGAUGUUCUGAAAACUCGAAUCCAAACCCUCAAGAAAGGCCUGGGCGAGGACAUGUACAGUGGGAUCACCGACUGUGCCAGGAAACUCUGGAUUCAGGAGGGACCGUCUGCCUUCAUGAAAGGCGCUGGCUGCCGGGCACUGGUCAUAGCACCUCUCUUUGGGAUUGCUCAAGGGGUCUAUUUCAUUGGGAUUGGAGAGCGCAUCUUAAAGUGUUUUGAGUAGACAGAGCUGGAGGUCAGGUCUCUGCACUCGCCGCCCACUCUCUAGCCCAUUUCACUUAGCCUAGAGGGGACAAGGGCAGGCGGGGCCGCUCUGGCCUGCCUUGUCCUCUACGUUGUAGUGCUACCUCAAUCUCGGGAGAAACAGCCCUAUAGUCUAACAAGCUGAGCACAGCCUUCUUCCCCUGCGUGUCUACACUCAUUUUCCUUUGUGGGCACAGCUACCAGGGGCUUUCAGAAGCCCCUACCCACCUACUUUUCAAUAAAAAUACUACUUUAGUUGUAUUAAUUGCAGGACCUUAACAGGUAGUCAAAAUAGAAGGGUUGUUCCUAUAUUUUAACAUCUCAGUCAAACUCAGCAACCUUCAGUCAGCUUGAGGAUUUAGCAUUGUUAAUCUUGGACUCUAUAACUUGAGUCCUAGCACUGAUUUUUGAGGAAAAGGAGGAUCAGAAGUUCAAGGG